AUGACUUCUCAAACUCGAUUUGAAAACGGACACGCGAUCCCAACCUUUGACCAAAAGCUACCAGGCUGUCAAUCCAGAAUGGAUGAGCCUCCUCCCCAAAGCGAGUACAUCCCGACUUGGGAUGGUGGAUACCAGCUUUACAAGGCGUGUGGCAAACUUGACGGAAGGAAAGCACUCAUCACUGGCGGAGACAGUGGUAUUGGCCGUGCCAUCGCCAUCCUAUUUGCUAUGGAGGGUGCAGAUGUUUUCAUCACCUACUUGCCUGGGGGGAGGGAAGACGCGCAAGAUACGAGGGCUUUUGUAGAAAAGUACGGUCGCAGGUGCCAUAUCAUGCAAGUAGACCUCACGACAAAGGAGAAUUGUAAGAAAGUUGUGGAGGAGGCGUUGGCUGCCAUGGGCACUAUCAACUUCCUCAUCAACAAUCAUGGACACCAAAUGCAGCGGAGUAAUAUAACUGAGCUUCCCGAGCAGCGAUGGGAACACACAUUCAACAUCAACGUCCAUUCUUUCUUUUUCCUCUCCAAGUACACACUGCCACACAUGAAGAGGGGUGAUAGUAUCAUCAACUGUGCUUCUGUCACCGCGUAUAAAGGCUCGCCUGGUCUACUCGACUACUCGACUACGAAGGGCGCCAUUGUCUCUUUCACUCGUACGUUGUCGAAUCAGUGCGUGGACCUUGGAAUCCGUGUCAACUGCGUUGCUCCUGGGCCCGUCUAUACGCCACUGAUCCCGUCCACGAUGAGCAAUGAAUCUCAAGAAAUGAAACAAGCACCGAUAGGUCGUCCUCUUCAGCCGAGUGAAAUGGCGACAUGUUUUGUAUUUCUGGCUAGUAUGGACAGCUCUUCCAUCUCGGGACAGACGAUCCACGCUAACGGUGGAACUAUGGUCAAUAGUUGA